AUGGAUGAAGUGGAGUACGACAUCACCAAGGCCCGGCAAAAGAAGACCAAGGUGGGCUCCUACCGGAUCAGGCCUGACGGGACGCAGGAGAGGAGAAAGGUCCCCCUGGUCCAGUCUGAGGCAUUCCUCAUCGACCUUCUGGAUAAAGUGUGCGAGCGAAUGAAUGAUUACCAGCUCGAUGAAGACCCUGUGACUAAGGAGAAGUAUUUCCGGAGAUACGCGCCGAGGAAAGGAGACAAGAUAUACAAAGAAUAUAAGAGGUUCUAUUACUACUCUGACGCCUAUAAACCUCUGAAAUUUGCGUGCGAGAGCAUAAUAGAAGAACACGAAGACGAAAUCUUCUCACUCAUCGCGCGGGGGGCACAGCACUUCGCUGACAAACUGUGCGGCGGGAAAUCAGAUCUGUGUGGAGCCUCGGCUAAUGACACUGAAUUCUAGAAGUGGUGUUUGACUCAUUCCAGGGAGAGAGCAAAGUCACAGCUCUGAAGGUCAAUGUCUGCAUGACUUUCAUGAUGAGGAAAUUUGUCUUGUUUAUACUAGGUUUGUCCCUGCAUGAAAUUAUUUUGAAGAUUAUUUAGCAUCAUGGCAAAUCCUGACUCUCUAGGUGAAGCCGAGGAGUCCACCAAACUUAUAUUUCCUUUGCAGAUUUGGACCCAACAGGCUUGGCAGUAAUACUUUAAAUUUGGCUGUGGGGGAAAAAAAGCAAAGCUUUUUCAUAGGAAAUUGGGAUUUUAAAAUUUACACUGUGUAUUUCAUAGCAAAGAUACAUAGACACAUACAAAUGUAUACCAAUGAUUUCUCAAAUACUUGACUGGCUACAAAUUUAGGGAAAUCUAUUAGAAGCAAUUUCAAAGUUAGUCCUCUGAAGGAUUCUAUAUAGUACUGAGGAAAAGAAUGCACUAAUUUUUAUCAGGAAUUAAAUGUAGAUUUCAAGUUUAAACUAUAGUUUAAAAACUUAAAUUUUAAAACUUCUUCUCCAAAACAGUGGGUAGGUGAAAAAUAAUGAGUAUUCUUUACAUUGAGUGAUACUUGAGUCCAAAUAAUUUGCAGGGUGGAUUUAUCAUGACCUUGUAUAUUAAAAGAUGACUGUAGUGACUGAGUUUUGUUCUGUUGCAAACCCUCCUGGGCUCUUUUCUCAAGAUUUUUGGCUAACAUUGAGCGUGUGGAUUUUACCACUGGGUAACGUAUCAUUCUUCUAAUGGGGGGGGGGGGGAUUUUGGCCAGUGUGGGGAAGGAAGGAGAGGGUGGUGUGGUACAUCGACUGUGUGGAUGCAGUGGAAAGUGCGGUGCUUUGGGAUAUUUAGCUGUCUCUGUUGAAUUUGCACUCAAUGGAAUUAAAUUCAACUUUAAUUAUUUGGUGUCUUAAGGUACUGGCUGUACUUGUUUAAAUAAAGAAAUUCUUCAAAAAAAAAAAAAAAAAGAUUCUCUUGGUUCCCAGUGAAAAUGGAGUGGGUAGCACCAUGCAAAUUCUAUAUCAAAAAGCUAAAAUUGUGGGUGCUAUUGUUAUACGAUUGCCUAGAAAAUACACUCUGUACCCCAUUCUCUUAAGCCUGGACCUAGUCUUGAAUUUAAGAACAAUUUCCAAAACCAAGGAGAUGGGAUGUCUAUUUUCUCUCCUCUCCCUGUCUUAUUAAAAAUCACAAUGGGUAAAUGACAUUUAUCUGGGAGUCUGAGAGUCGAUGUAGAUUUGUUUCUUGCCUGGUAGUUUUUCAGGACACCAGUAAUUAGUUGGAUGUUACAGACCCUACAGUCAUCUGUGAACCUGUAUGCCAGCUGAUACAGUAGAAAUAGGGAGUUAGGAGGACCCCACAACCUUUUCUCGCUGGGGAGUAGAGUUGUAAUUUAAACAUGGUCUCCAUUUGAGAUUAACUUUGAAGUAGUAAGGCAUGGACAUUUUCCUAACUUGGGCUUUCUGGGCAAAUGCACAAAGACUGACCGUGAUUUCUGGAAACACAAGUGACCGUCCUGGAAACCAGGUGGAGACUGUGGUACGGACAUUUCUACGAAAGCUGUAUUAGAAUUGUGGAAGGGUAACCCCCUCCUUUCUACCUCUUCAAGCACAGACAGAGUGAGUUCUAGCCCCGGGAGUUCAGGA